AGCUAGUUUGAUCCUUGAGCUGCCAGACAUAGGCUGUGCUGAUCCCCUUUAGACGGAAGCGGUUGCAUUUAUACUUAUAGAAAAUGCCGUCUUACAAGUUCCUCCACGAGUAUGAGCCGGCGCGCCCUGCUACUGCUGACAAGCCCUCAGCUAGCCCGGUUUAUCGGCACGUCUGCGCGAAAGAUGGCUUCCCCGCAGCGGAGUUCACCACGCUGUUUGAGAUGUUUGAGCAGUCAUGCGCGAAGUACCCUAACAACCAGUGCUUAGGCAAGCGCGAGAAGAACGAACAGGGCGAGGUGGGCCCCUUCGUGUUCAAGUCUUACAAGGAAGUUCAGCAAGAAGUAUCGCAUGUGGCAUCGGCGCUGCGAGCGCUUGGUGUUGAGCCCAGCCAACGCGUCGGCGUGUUCGGCGCCAACUGCCCAGAAUGGAUGGUCGCCAUGCAGGCAUGCAACCGCAUGUCCAUGCACUGCGUUCCGCUGUACGACAGCCUGGGUGAGAACGCCAUCGAGUACAUCAUCAACCACAGCGAGUCGGUGGUGGCCUUCUGCUCCACCGAGAAGCUGCCCAACCUGACGAAAGCGCUGCCGAAGACCAAGGACACGCUCAAGCUGGUGGUCUACUGGGGCGCCGGCAACGAGGCUGCCCUCAAGGCCGCCCGGGAGCUGGGCUACACGGUGCACUCCUUCGCGGAGCUGUUGGAGCUCGGCGCCAAGCAGCCCGCGCAGCCGGUGCCGCCCAAGCCCUCGGACCUGUGCACCAUUAUGUACACCUCGGGCACCACCGGCAACCCCAAGGGUGUCAUGCUGACGCACUCGGCGGUGGUUGCGGCCGUUGUGACCGCUGCGGAGUACUGCAAGUUCAACAAGGUGGAUCUGAACCACACCGACCGCCUGCUGUCGUACCUGCCGCUGGCACACAUCUUUGACCGGGUGAACGAGGAGUGGUUCCUCGCCAUGGGUGCUGCCAUCGGCUACUGGCAGGGCGAUGUGACGAAGCUGGUGGAUGAUGUGGCGGCGCUGCAGCCGUCGCUGUUCCUGGGCGUGCCGCGCGUGUUUGACCGCAUCUACACCCGCAUCAUGUCCCAGAUUAACGGCGCUGGCUUCGUGAAGAAGACGCUGUUCAACUGGGGCUUCAGCCGCAAGCUGUUCUUCAUGCGCCAGGGCUGCGGCCACGACAAGGCCGCCCCCUUCUUCGACAAGCUCGUCUUCAGCAAGAUCGCGGGGCGCUUCGGCGGCAAGAUCAAGGCGGUUGUCAGCGGCGGUGCGCCGCUCGCCCCCCAUGUGGAGGACUUCCUGCGCGUCAUCAUGUGCGCGCCCGUGGUGCAGGGCUACGGCCUGACGGAGACCAGUGCGGCGUCCUUCAUCGCAUGCGCUGACGUCAUGGACCACGCGGCCAUGGUUGGCCCGCCCACGCCCAUGACCGAGUUCCGUCUGGAGUCGGUUCCCGACAUGAACUGCGACGCGCUUGACCCGAAGCAGCCCAAGGGCGAGGUGCUCAUCCGCGGCGCUGCCAACUUCACCGGCUACUUCAAGGACCAGGACAAGACGGUUGAGGUGCUGGAGUCGGACGGCUGGUUUCACACCGGCGACAUUGCCAUCCUGACGCCCACGGGCGCCAUCAAGAUUGUAGACCGCAAGAAGAACAUCUUCAAGCUCAGCCAGGGCGAGUAUGUGGCGGUGGAGCAGAUCGAGGCGACCUGCAAGAAGGCGACGGUGGCGGAGCAGGUCUGGGUGUACGGCAACAGCUUUGAGAGCUACCUGGUGGCGGUGGUGGUGCCCUGCAAGGACACCAUCACCGCGUGGGCCAAGACCGCGGACGUGCAGGGAGAGUACGAGAAGGUGCUGGAGGACCCCCGCACCAAGGCCUACAUUCUCUCGGAGCUGACCCGCGUUGCCAAGGAGGACCGCCUGAAGGGCUACGAGGUGGUCAAGGCGAUCCACCUGGAGCGUGUGCCGUUCAGCGUGGAGGAGGACCUGCUGACGCCCAGCUUCAAGCUGCGCAGGCCACAGCUGCAGGCUAAGUACCAGAAGCAGAUCGACGGGAUGUACGAGGCUCUCAAGAAGGCGGAAGCGGCCAAGGCUGCGCGCGAGUAGACGACCCCGGGGUUGCCGGCUGACUACAAGCAACGUCAACCUUCAGUUCCCAUGUUAGGCAAAAGGGCCUUGAGGCCCAGCAAUGGACGUACAUUUGUUCCAUAUACUCUGCUGUGAAAGUGCUGGAUGGUGAAGGUAUAGGAGCCAUGGAUCUCUUAUUUCGUAGCGUAUACGCCGAUGGUGUGUGGUAUGUUGCAUGCGCCGGUGGGUUUUAGUGUUGGGUG